GGGAGGGAGGGAACGCUGGAGGCGGCCCUGCUCGGUUCCGUUCGCCCGCCAGAGCUUCAGGCUGCCCGGCAAUUGCUGCUGUUGUUGUGAGGAGACUGGUGUGAACAUCAUAGUGAUAGGUGGGUCUUCACAGCACUCCUGUUGGGAUGGGAAGCAGCUGUAACUCUACUUUCAACUUGAUCAUCACCAGAACAAACUCUACAAGAGAUGGGAGACACCGAGCCGUGGUAUUCUCAGAAGGUGUACACGAGAUACUGGAAGCACUAUAACUUAGCCAUGCGCUGGAUGCGGAGGCACCAGAAAGCCUACAGGAAAGCCAUGGAGUCCUUUUAUCACCUACCGUGGCAUCCUCCUGCAGCCUCUCCAAGUAGCCACUACUCAGACUGGGAUGGGAAUGAUCUCCCACAUACCCAAAACUAUUCUUGCCGCUAUCGACCACAUGGCGAAGCUCUGUAUGGUGGGGGAGCUCAGCAGUGCGCAGGUGCCCACCGAGGGAGGGAGGAUGCUGAAGAAGUCUCUGAAAUGGAGGAGGAUGCUGAAAGGGACUCCGAAAUGGAAGAAGGCUCCGAGUCUGAAGGGGAGAUAGAAUAUGACUUGAGUAACAUGGAGAUCACAGAGGAGCUUCGCCAGUUUUUUGCAGAGACAGAGAGGCACCGGGAAGAGCUGCGGAGACAGCAGCAGCUGGAAGCUGAGGACCCGUAUGUGGAGGCUGAUCAAGACCUUCACAGGAGGACGGAGCGUUCUGUGGAGCCGCCGACGGAAAGGCCUGGGGAGAGGCGAAUGGCAGAAAUGAAAAAACUGUAUGGUGCUGAUGCUGCCAAAAUCCAGGCAAUGGAGGCUGCCAUGCAGCUUAUCUUUGAUAGGAACUGUGACAAAAAGCAGCCCAAAUACUGGCCCAUUAUUCCCCUUAAGCUGUGAGUACCUGGACUGUGCUCUGACAUGGCGCACAACUGUGCCUCAGUCAGGUUGUGCUGCUGAAAGAACAAACUGCCAAUUUUGGUUUUGGGUGGGCUUUGGGGCAGAAUCUGGCAAGGACAGCAUGUGUGUCUUUGGCCUUUGUUUCUUUUACACUGUCAGCAAUACUCACUGUCUGUUCAACCCACAUACAGUUGUCAAGUAGUAAUAGGAGGGAUGGGAAUAUCAAACCUGUCUUAAGUCAUGUGUUUACUUGUUUGAUACCUGCCUGCCUUGACCAUGCUUGCAAGAAACAACGAUACCUAUACUCAGUGAACUGGGAAAACUUAAAAUUAUGCAAAUAAGAAAAAGACCAUAGGAAUUGUCUGCUCUUACUGUUUAGGAACUUGAGUGAUCCCAUUUUUUAGUCUUAACAUAAUAGCAUUUGGAUCCUGUUUCACAUAGCACAGCUUGAAGUGUUAUGUCUGCUAAUCUUGGAUUUUUUUUGAGAACCAGGAGCCCACUGGCCAAGAUACAACUUAUCAAGUUACUGUAGCCCAGACGUUUGAAUUCUUUUUCAAAGGUUUAUAAUAACGCAGGAAGUUUUUCUUCCAGGCUGAUACUUGUCUGACAGAAGUUUGACUCCAAAGCAACAUUAUAUGGAAAAAUGUUUUAAUGAAGGGG